AUGUCUCCAGGACCAAAAUUUCCGCAACUUAGUGUGUUUGAUCUAAAAAGCAAAGAUGCCAAGUAUAAGAGAUGGUCGCCCAAAAUGGAUCACUACCUUGUUAAACUUUUAGCUGAUGCCAUAGGCCGAGUUAAGGACAAAAAUGACAAGAAAGUGUGGGCACAUGUCACCAAUGGGUUAAGAGCAGUCAAUCCUCAAACUGUGUAUUCAACCUAUACCAAGUAUUCGUGCCAACAGCACUUAUUUCAUGUUAUUCACCAUCGCUACAAAAUAUGGUAUGCACUUAUGGUUCAUCAAGAUAAGGCUAACGCUUUCUCCUAUACGUGGAAUAGCGAAUUGGGCAAGAUGGAAUUGAUAAAUGAGACAACCCAAACAAAAAUCAACGACGAAAAUGCUUUAAAGGAUAUACUAUACCGACAAGCCUUGCCGCUUCCAUCGUUAUCUCAAUUCAGUAAAGGUUUGGUUAUCGUGAACGAGAUGUUUCUCACCGAUAACUUGAGAUACAUGUCUCUAUAUCACAGUGUUGUCGUACCCUAUUUGAUAGAAGUGGAUUCUCGUUACGCCGAUAUCGAAGAUUAUAAUGCGAUACUUCUCAAAAAUUUCCAAGGUGUUCACUUUGAAAGUCCUGGGCUUGAAGACGAAAUAGGGUUCAUGGAUACCAUCAGCGAUAAGUCGGGUGGGAAUCUAACGCUUGAAAGCACAAUGGUAUCAGCAGCGAUUGCUGCAGUUAAUUCACCUUCGGUGAUUAUAGCAAAUGAAGAUUACCCCGUCUACGUGAAAGAUAGAAAAUGGUUCAGUAGGCUCAUAGCCCUCCACGAAAAGAAGUACAUUACCUCUGACGAAGUGUUGGCCGUUAGCAUUGGAGUUCGAGACGGCAAGGUUCCCUUGUUCAUGCUUAAUAUAUUAGACGCAUCAUAUGGCGAAGCUAGCCAGUCCAAGGAUGAACCAGACGACAUAGUGGCCUCUAGGGUAAGGACUUACAUGCUACCCUUGGUAUAUCAAUAG